AUGGCUUCCACCGAGGUUGACGCGCGCCAUUCUCACAAAUUAUCAGGCGAUUCAGGCACUACGACGUCGUCCGGCUCCGGCCAGAAAAGGGGUCGCCAGUCCUCCGCCUACUCGUCCGUACUCUCGAUACCCUCGUGCCGCUCGAGCGCCCCCACCUCCACCUCCUCCACGCUCCGCGACGAAUAUCAGUCGGGUGACGGGCUACACUUCACUGUGUCCGGAGGCUCCGUUGACUCCAUUGUUGACGAUCCCUUCUUCCAACAAUACGAUCCGGCAGACCCCAGAGGCGCGGCUACCACCCAGCCGCCGGUCACGGCACCCCUUGACGAGCGCCAUGAUAGUUCCCCGACGAAGCUUCGGUCAGCCCCACGCAAAGAGUCGCAGACUAUAAACGAAACGGAUGCUCUGCCGCAAACCCCUAGCAUCAUGGAGAGUAUCAACAUAGCAGUCAUUGGUGCCAAUGGGGUGGGCAAGUCCCAUUUCAUCCAGAGGGCCAUGUCCCUGUCGCGCGUGCCAGGACCCAACCCAACCACGGCACGCAUAAAAAUCGACAACAUCCCUUUCGCCGUCACGCUGUUUGAGUUGGAUCUCGAAUACUUCGAUGUGGACCCGGAUCGCCAGAUAAAAUGGCCCAAGCAGAUGGGUGGUGCUAUGAUGCCUCGCAUCAACGGUGUUCUGCUGCUGUACGAUGUCAUGAACAGGGACAGCAUCAUUGAGCUGCCCCAGACUCUCAGUGCUCUAGUAAACUCGUCGCUCCCGGCUGUUCUCGUGGCCACCAAGUGCGACAAUCCAGAUAACUCGAGGCAUAUCGACACCGAAGCGGUCGCCGCAGCAUGCCAGUCUUGUCUCGCGACUUUCAAGACCUCCGCUAACAAACCGGAGAGUGCUAGGAUGUCGUUGUCUACGCUGUUGAAGGCGUUGGUUCUCAGAAGUCAAGAUGCAGAAUCCACAGAAGUGAUGGGCUCCCGGCGCCGCGCAGCCUCGGUAGCGCAUCUUGAUGCACCAUCAGAAUCUACAAACCCCCGGCCGUUGAGUCAACAGAGUAAGCACAGUCGUGCCAGCUCUGACAUGUCACUACUGCGGGGUUUCUCCAAUCAGCAAGGCGCAGAUUACAGACAAGGAUCGAGGUCAUCGAGAGUUGACCUGAUGGGAGGGAACAUCCCCGAUGAGGAUGAGAGCGCCCCGACCGUUUCCAGCCAGCUUCGCACACCGGGUAUCCGGCUCGACCGCGCUCAACAUACGAAUUCAUUUCUUGACAUGGAGGAUUCGGAUGGGGAGACCCUGAGAUAUUCUGACGAAAUCCCGCUACUGCAACGGGGUGACGAAACCGUGUUCGAACGACCGGCAAAGAAGCUCGGGAUUAGCUUUGACGAACUGAUCGACCGUCUUAUUGCGCCGAAGAUGUCCAGGGCAGACAACAACUUCGCCGAUGUUUUUCUGUGCUUAUACCGCAAAUUUGCUUCCCCAGGAGAGCUCUUCUCGGCCAUCUUGUCACGGCUGGAACGUGUCAAAGACGAUAAGUCCAUCCACUAUCUCACAAAAACAGCUACGCAACUUCGGAUAAUCGAGGUGAUUGCCAGGUGGGUUGCAGCGUAUCCGGGCGACUUUGCACGAGCGACGACGCGCAAGAACCUAGAUGACUUUAUCAAGCACCUGUCAACCGAGCCAAUCUUCGCUGCCGCUGCUCAGCAGAUGCGCAGGACGUUUGACUCGAGUGUAGUCGAGGACGACGAUACGGGGUGGGCAAAGGCAGAUGUCAACGAGGAGACUCAAGCAAGCCAGGAGACGGCCUCCAGCGCGAGGAAAGAUAGCACCAAGACGGGAACCGACUUCUCGGAAAGUAUGAGCUCAUUGAGUGUCGAUGGUUCGGUCGAACGUCGACCAUCGGCCAGCUCGUCUUUGAACACGGAUGCCCCAGCGGGCGGGAAGACACAUUCGUUCCAAUUUCAUUCGUACGCUGACUAUGAACGCGAGGCGGCCACGAUGGUGCCCACAUACACAUUACCCCUCACAAAGUUCCGAUAUCACAUCUUUAUGGAUACGUCCAACGACGACAUCGCGGAUGAGAUGACGCGGAUCGACUGGGUCAUGCUCUCGUCGAUCCGCAUACGUGACUUGGUGCGGCAUGUCAGUCUGUCUGCCGAGCAAAGGGAGAAGAGCAAAACGACCAAGAACGUCAACCGCAUGAUCACCCACUUCAACCACAUUGCCACCUGGGUGUCGAAUAUGAUCCUGAUGAGAGAGAAGGCCAAGCACCGCGCGCAGAUGCUUGAGAAGUUUAUGAACAUCGCGUUGAAGCUGAGGCAGCUCAACAACUACAACGGUCUCGCGGCGGUGCUCGCGGGGAUCAACGGGACGGCGAUUCACCGGCUCUCCCAAACGCGGGCUCUGGUGCCGGCCGACGUACAGAAGCGGUUCGCCAGACUGGUGCUCCUGAUGGGCACGCAGAAGAGUCAUUUUGCGUACCGGCUGGCAUGGGAGAACUCCCCACUGCCGCGCAUCCCCUUCAUGCCGUUGCACCGCAGGGACCUGGUCUCUGCCGAGGAGGGCAGCAUGACGUUUGUGGGACCGCAGGGCAACCGGAUAAACUGGAAGAAGUUUGAGAUCCUCGGCGAGGUCAUCCUGCCCAUCAUGAAGAGCCAGGGUACUCCAUACCCCAACCUCUCCAAGCACGACACGGCCAGGGAGCUUAUCCUGGACUGCCUGAUGCCGACAGAUGAGGAGGACAUCUACCAGCGUAGCAUUCAAGUGGAGAGCUCGACGGGUAGCUCGGUCGACACAGGGAAAAAGAAGUUCCCCUGGUUUGCCAAGUCGUGA